AUGUCACGGAACGAAAAACAAGCCUCUCCACCACCCUACUCAGAGUACAACGCCCCGGCCUCUUCGCGCGGCACCACCAUCCUCAAUCAACUAAGCACAACCCGCACGCACCACAUCCAAUCCGUAAUCGAAAGACACAUCAUCCCCCUCAUCGAAGAACGCGUCACAUACGGCAUAGCUCAAACAACCAUCGCCAUGCUCCCCUCCGACAUCCCCCUACCAGCCGUCGAAGAGAAAUCAGAAUUCAGCUUCGACACAGCCGACACCAAACCUGUCGAGGUCGUUGGCUUCUCCUCCGAAGACGAACCGAAGGUCGUGCGGUUGGAGGGCCAGAUGAACCGCACAGAGUUCUGGAGACCGCAAGUUGUGAUUGUGGAGUUGGAGCGUCUGUUAAGUGAGAAUUUGAAUGCGAAUCCGGUUUUGAGAAGUCCGAGGGGGGAGGGGAGAGGUGUGGAGAGUGCUGUGCAGAGGCAGGGGAUGAGAGGGCUUUUGAGUAGGGUUAUGCCGUCGUUGGGUCCUGAGAUGCGCUCGCCGGGUGGGAAUCCAGAGGUUGGCGUGAAGCAGCAGUUGGAUCAAGGAGGCAUGGUUGUGGUGAAGGCUAGGUUGGAGGAGAUAUGCUUGAGGACGGUGAGCGAGUUUGGCUUAUAUGAUACCAUGUCGAAGCAGUGUGUGAUUGUACGCGUGGAUGCGCGGUGUUAA